UAUUAGUUUGUUUCGUUCCAACGUACAGCUUAGGCCUAGUUCCCCAUUGAGCCGUAGGUUCGACGCUUGCUUGCACUCUUCUACUUAAACUUACUUGUCUAUUGAAACCGCUACCACCGUCGUCUGGAAGCGUCACUUGCCAAGUUAUCCAUGACGUCGAACUUUGCCGUUCACUACACCGAGCAUUUGAUUCCGUUGACCAGGCUGCAAUCAUCUAUUCAGACUAAGGUUACGAGCGAUGACGAUGCACUGAAGUCAACACAUGCAAUUCUUCAAGCCUCACCUUCUGAAGCCAUGAUGCAGGAGUCCAUAAACUUUCUCCGUACUUUUACUCCUCGGGAGGACAAACCAGGGCUGCAUUAUGAUAGCGAAGGACUCGCCUUCUACAACGCCGUCGUCAGGAAAACAAGUUUCAACAUGUAUGCGCUCGCCGUGGACCUUUACCUGCAAGAAUCAAGUGCGGCUCAGUUGGACGCAGAGUGGUGGGCUGAUAUCGAACAAUCCAGCUGGUCUGUGGCAUUGUAUCUCUUACAGUCACUGCCAAGCCGUCUUUGCAGAGUCUUGCAGUUGAUUCAGACAAGGAAGAUGUCUGUUCGCUUGUCGACGUUCCGCCCAUCGUCUAUUGCAAGAUUUUAUUGGGAUGUUGCGCCUCUCCGGUUCAAUGCGUUCACUGUUGCACUCUUUCCCUAUCUGCGAGACCAAUCCUCUGCUCUGCCGUCGUUUGCCCCUGUUCCUGCAGGACAGAGCACACGCCCACACUCCCUCGUCGCCGUUGCUCAGAAGAUACAUGAUGGGGUGAUGUACAGUAUAAACAGAGCAAUUACUCUCCUUCUCUUUCCUCUCCGUCUUGCUCGAGAAGAAUGUCAGCUCAGAAGAAAAGAAUUGGAGAAAGUGAGGGACGAAAGGGCGGAAGUUCUUGGGAAGCUGUUGGAGUUGCGACCUUUGCUUGCGAGUGCUCUGGAGGCCGACUAUAACGUUUCGAUUACUGGCUCGUCAAUCGACAAUCAAGCCCUUACGGUGUUUUUGUCCAAUUUCGCUGUCGUCACGUCAGGUGAUGCAUCACAGAAAGUUGCUCUUCCUUUAAUCGAACAACUCCUUGGUGCAUUUCAAAACCAUAGAAUCAUGCAUAAUGCGUAUCUGGAGGCACACGAUCUGCGACGACCAUCCCGACUUGCCCUCUUAUGGCCUCGCUUAUUCCUGCUCCCCCCACUGACACUCUAUUGUGCCAAGUAUAUCUAUGCUUCCAGAGCAACUUUGGCCGACCUUACCCUAGAUGUCCUAAACACCGUGCAAAAUUUUUUCAAGGGUUGGUUAUUUGACCCUAUAAAGGAUGUCCUUGUGACAAUCCGUGCUGGUGGAGAAGAUGGUGUCAUUGUUAGGCGAGAAGCAGUUGCUGCCGACCUCGAUUCGCUCGAGCGAAUGACCCUUGCUCUGGUUAGGGAGAAACUUAGCUAUGAUUCCACGGAGCUUGAAGCACUGUCGCAACAAAUACGUCAGGGUGAUCUCACCGCCGUGCUCAAGAUCUAUGAAGAGGACAUUAAGAAUCCGGUGAAAUCUGCAAUAUCGGGGACGCUCUUGAGGUCCAUGUUUAUUCAGGUCCAGAAGGCCAAAGUGGAUCUUGAUCAAGCGCUCGCUGGCAUCGAUAAACUCUUGAAGUCUCAAGAACUUACUUUUGCAUUUGUGGGUGUUGCACCAGCACUUGCUGUAAUAUAUAUCGCUGGGGGAUUCCUAGGAGGAUUGCUGUCCAUAAGACCUGGCAGGUAUGGAGGGAAGCGAGGAAAGACCAGCGUUUGGCUUGCAAUGAGGCGUAUCGAGCGGCUCCUGCUGUUCGAACCCAAGUCAUCGCACCACCGUCACAAUACUGAGAACGCACACUCGGACGCCAUUCCUGCUUUGACGACGGGACUAUUGGUUUUGUCUCUGGCGCAGCUGCGAGAAUACGCUUUGACGUCGCUACCAGCACGGUCACGACUUCGGGAGGGAUUUUUGGAAGAUAUCAAAGACCUUGAAGAUCCUGGAUUACGUCGAACGGAAAAACUCAGGAUUAUUGAUAGGAUGUGGAAGAGUUGGGGAAAGGAGCUGGGUUGGUAUGAUUUAGCGGGCGGUAGAUCAGACAGAUAGACAUUUUCUCCAAGGCACAGUGCAGGAGGUACCCAGUACAUACUGGGGACUCGAUGUGAUAAUAUCAUUCGUCGCGUGCACUUCCAAGACCAUAACGAUAGCUUCGUGGUAGCAAAAUGGCAUGAAUGAAGAGGCUCGGACUAGAGACUGGAGACAGAAGGCAGUGGCAUAGAGACAGAAGGAGACCGAUGUAGGUAGUUAAAACGAAAACAUCGUGUAUCGGUAAAUACUAAUACUCACCUCAGUCUUCGAAUUGAGAGACUGAGGAGAGUUCGUUCUAGAUCUAGGGGACGGAAUA